AUGAGAUUUCACAUUCAGCACCACGCUCCGCUGAUGAGGGGCCUGCGCAGCUCUGGCGUGCGCAGCUUCCACUCGUCGCCGCAGAGUCACUUGGCCAACAUCCACCGGCCAAGGGCACGAGCUCCAGCAAAACGAAGCUCAUCACCAUCCUCAUCAGGCACACAGAGUCGAUCUCACUCAGGGUGUGGCUGUCAUCCUGCUGCUGCAAACCAUACCAAGACCGCAUACAUUGCCUUGGGAAGCAACCUUGGGGAUCGCAUAUCAGAGAUUGAAAAGGCAUGCAAUGAGAUGAACCGGAGGGGCAUUCGGGUCAAGCGAACCAGCAGUCUCUGGGAAACAGAGCCCAUGUAUGUCACAGAUCAAGAUCGUUUCAUCAAUGGUGCUUGCGAGGUUGAAACUGAGCUUGAGCCUCUAAGGCUGCUUGAUGAGCUACAAGCCAUUGAGCGGGACAUGGGUCGCAACAAAGUGAUUGACAAAGGUCCGCGCAAUAUCGACCUGGAUAUCUUACUCUAUGGCGAUGAAAAGGUCCAGCACGACAGACUCAAUGUGCCACAUAUUGGUAUCCCUGAGCGCGAAUUCGUCCUGAGACCGCUGGCCGAAUUAAUUCCAUCAAAGCCGCUCUACGCGUCGCAGCCAUGGAAGCUUGUCCAGGAUUACCUCAAUGACCUCACUCCUGGCGAGCCCCUAUCAUCCAUCACUCCAAUGUCUUCAGCGCUGGCACCACUCACACCCCUCGUACGUAACAGAAAAACUAGCGUCAUGGGGAUCCUGAACAUGACGCCUGAUUCUUUCUCUGACGGCGGCCGCAACAGCCUGGAAACUCUGUCCAAUACCGUCAGAGAUCUUGUUCGCAACGGGGCAUCCAUCAUUGACGUGGGCGGGCAGUCGACGGCUCCUGGACGCCCCGAAGUAUCCGCAGAGGAAGAGACUUCUCGGGUCGUGCCCGCCAUCGAACUCAUCCGCUCCAUACCGGAAACCCGUCACGUCGCCAUUAGCGUCGACACCUAUCGCGCGUCUGUCGCUGAGAGGGCCAUUGCCAGCGGGGCCGACAUUAUCAACGAUGUUUCCGCCGGUACCCUCGAUGCUGAAAUGCUCCCAACUGUGGGUAGACUUGGGAAGACCAUAUGCCUGAUGCACAUGCGCGGCACUCCACAGACCAUGACCCAGCUCACUUCCUACCCAGAGGGCCUGGUGCCAACCGUUGCGGCCGAGUUACUUGAGCGCGUGGCCGCAGCCGAAGCAGCAGGUAUCCGAAGGUGGCGGAUAAUUCUCGACCCAGGGAUCGGGUUCGCGAAAACGGGCGCCCAGAACCUGGAGCUGCUACGGAGCCUGGAAGAGCUCAGGGAGUGGCCUGGCUUACAGGGCCUGCCGUGGCUUGUUGGCACGAGCCGGAAGAGCUUCAUCGGCAAGGUGACUGGAGUGGACGAGGCUUCGCAGAGGGUUUGGGGCACGGCCGCGACGGUGGCGGCGGCGGUUCAGGGGGGAGCGGAUGUGAUACGCGUGCACGAUGUUCGGGAGAUGGCCUUGGUGACGACCAUGUCGGAUGCCAUCUGGAGGGCUUGA